AGCAAAAAAUCAAGCGGAGGAAGAAGACCGAAGAAGAAGAUAUACCAUAGAGUCCAUGAACUUGAUAGAGUCCUGGACUUUCAGAACAAACCGUCUCUUACCUAACACCUUAAAUCUAUUAUCCAAUCACAAAAGCAUCAAUAUCUACUCCUCCGAGACCUCGAAAAGCAAUUUGGGUUUGUUCAGAAAUGGAACUUCAUGGCUGUCCUUGAGAAGUAUCCUUCAAUAUUCCACGUUGGUGGCGGUAGUGACAGAACACCGCCUUUUGUUAAUCUGACUGAGAAAGCAAUGAAGAUUGCCGAUCAGGAACAUGAAGCAAGAGAGUCAAUGGAACCCAUUUUGGUUAAGAAUUUGAGGAAGCUUCUAAUGAUGUCAGUUGAUUGUAGAGUGCCACUGGAAAAGAUUGAAUUCAUUGAAAAUGAAUUAGUCUUGCCCCAAGAUUUCAAGAAUUGUUUGAUACCAAAAUACCCAGAAUAUUUUUCAGUGAAAGAUGUCAAUGGGAAAGCUUAUCUUCAUUUGGAGAAUUGGGAUUCUUCAUUAGCGGUCACUGCUAGAGAGGAAAGAUUAUCGCUUGAAGGAGUUUCUGCUUCCAACACCCCAAAGAAAAAAGUCAGAAUAUCAAAAGAUGGUAAUUUCUUGGGUCCAUUUGCCUUUAGAAUGUGUUUUCCUGCUGGUUUUCGGCCAAAUGCGAGUUAUCUUGAAGAACAGUUUCCUUCUCCAUACUUGAAUGCAAGGAGAUUUGAAGCUGCUGAUCCAAAGGCUCGAAAGCGUGUAGUGGCAAUGCUUCAUGAGCUUCUUAGCUUGACAAUGGAAAAGAGGUUGACAUCUAUGCAAUUGGAUGCAUUUCAUUCUGAGUAUUUGCUGCCUUCUAGAUUGCUACUUUGUUUGGUAAAGAAUCAUGGUAUAUUUUAUAUCACUAACAAAGGUGCAAGAAGUACUGUUUUCCUCAAAGAAGCCUAUGAUGGUUCAAAUUUAAUUGAUAAAUGUCCUUUGUUUUUGUUUAAUGACAAGCUUGUAGCACUGGGUGGUCCUAAAGAGAUCAAUUUGUGCAAAGAGUUGCAUUUUUGACAAUUUCUUUUCUAUCAAUUUUGUUCAACAAAAUCUAAAGAUCACUUGAAUUUCAUGCUUUUUGGUAUCUGUUUAUUAUUUUUCUCGUCAAGAAUUUCAGAUUCUAGGACCGACUCUUCAAGUGGAGUUCCUGGAUCUUUAUCUCAUUCACUAGCCCGUAACUUCUAAGCCAGGAAAGUAUAAAUAUCCAAUACCAGAGGAGGAGCUUCAACCAAUGGACUUCAAGGCAGUGUGGGCAGCCAUGGAUGAGUGUCAAAAGCUUGGCCUCACUAAGUCAAGUGGAGUCGGCAAUUUCUCUUGUAAGAAGCUUCAAACCAUGCUUGCCUCUGCUACAAUUCCUCCAUCAGGAAAUCAUGCAAGUCUCUCUUAUAUAUAUAUCCUGUGUAAUACUUCAAGCAAAGAAAUAGUUUGAUAUUAAUUGACAAGAGAUGGUAAUUUUGUUUAUAAGGUGGAAAUGAAUCCAGUAUGGCAACAGAAGAAGCUUCUUCAAUUUUGCAAAUUCCACAAUAUCAAUGUGACUGCUUUUUUUCCUUCGGGAGCAAAAGGUACUAGGCGGGGCAGUAAUCUGGUUAUGGACAAUGAAGUGCUUCAAGUGAUCAGUUGAAUUACUAUUGUCUUCUAAAACACCAGUUUAGAUGCUUAUCCUAGAACACAUAAAGUACUACCAGGACAAAACGACACGGCAAAGAGGGCAGGUAUCGUCCUGUAGAAGCCAUGUAUCAAUACAAGCUUUAUGAAACGCGUGGUUACAAGAAGGAAGAAGCACCCUACACUCCUCUCCUUGUUUGAAUUCCUCUAAACAUAUAACGCACUGUUCGUUAUAUUUAAUUUGAUCAUCUUCUUUGUUUCCAUCAUAAGCAAUCACCGGGUAUGCUUCUUCCAAUGCCAUAGCCAACAGCUCACCGUUGGUGGCUGUACAAGGCUCAUGAUCAUCAUCAUCUUCCCAUAGCCAUAGUCUGCUUUCAAUAUCACGAAUUACUCGACGACUUCGACGUCGUUGACCACCUCUAACACUUUCCCUAUAAAGCGAAGAAACGCGAAGAAACAAUAAAAGGAAAAGCAAAACCAGUAACAAUGCCAUUGGAAACCAGCAAUUAAUCAUGCCGCUGCAGUGAUCUCUUAGUUGUGCGUGGGAGUAGGAAUGGAUGUAUGGCUGUUGCUCAUUCUGAGAAAUUGGUGGGUCGAUGGGAUUAAUUAGCCGCUUCACAUGCUCUUAUUUUCCAUUGCAAUGGAAUGCUUCUUAUUUCAAGGUGAUGAAGUUGAUAGUAGGAUUUCUGUUGUGUAUAUACAGAUGUGAAUAUUUCCACUUUCAAUUUGGAUUUUGUAUCAGGAGUA